AUGCUGACUUUGGAGCAAUUUAAGAACAGAAAUACCUUAAUAGGUCUUGGGUUGGGACAAAUUCUCUCUCUUCUCAUAACUUCCACUGGUUUCACCUCUUCUGAAUUGGCCAAAAAAGGAAUUAAUGCUCCAACUUCACAGUCGCUCCUAAACUACUUAUUUUUGACAAUUGUCUACGGGAGCAUCCUUCUGUACAGAAGGGAAGCCCUUAAGGCAAAAUGGUAUUAUUACAUACUUCUUGGCUUGGUUGAUGUUGAAGCAAAUUUUCUUGUUGUGAAGGCGUAUCAAUACACAUCACUAACAAGUGUGAUGCUACUUGACUGCUGGUCCAUCCCAUGUGUCAUGCUUUUAACGUGGAUUUUCUUAAAAACAAAAUAUAGAUCCAUAAAGAUAACUGGCAUACUUGUUUGCCUUGCUGGCCUUGUCCUAGUUGUAUUUUCAGAUGUUCAUGCAGCCGACCGAGCAGGUGGAAGCAACCCUCGUAUAGGGGAUCUUCUUGUUAUUGCUGGUGCUACAUUGUAUGCUGUCAGCAACGUCAGUGAGGAGUUUCUAGUGAAAAAUGCUGAUAGAGUUGAGCUGAUGGCAAUGUUGGGUCUCUUUGGUGGCAUUGUCAGUGCCAUUCAAAUAAGCAUACUUGAGCGCAAUGAACUCAAAUCUAUUCACUGGUCAGCUGGGGCAGCGCUUCCUUUUGUUGGAUUUGCGGUGGCCAUGUUUAUGUUUUACUCUUUAGUUCCUGUCCUACUUAAGAUCAAUGGUUCCACUAUGUUAAAUUUGUCUCUAUUGACCUCUGAUAUGUGGGCUGUCUUAAUUCGCAUUUUCGCAUACCAUGAGAAGGUUGAUCGGAAGUACUACGUUGCAUUUGGUGCCGUUGUUGUUGGUCUUAUUAUCUAUUCUGUUGGUGACACCAAUGAGAAUCAAGACCAUCUUCAUGUUGCUGAAGAUGCUAACCAAAGACAACACGAUGAAGAAGCUACUACCUCAGCAAGAACUGUUGAGCAGAUGAAAUCGUCAGCAUAA